AUGUCCCACCCAAUCCCCACCCUCGUCAACAAAACCAUCCACACCACCACAACCACCACCGCCCUCCCCUACCUAUCCCUCCCGCUCGACCCCUUAACAAACCUCCUCAUCCUCUUCUCCAUCCCGCUCCUCGCCCUGCUCGCGCGCCUACGCCCCCGCGCCCCAACCCACCCACUCUCCCAACACCUGCUCCCCUGGCGCACGGAUUCCUGGGCCGCGCUAUACGGCCUCCUGCGCCUGAGCUACGACAAUAAAUGGGGGAAGGAUCGCAACGCAUGGGUGCUAUCGCGCAGCCUACACGCGAUCUGGCACGACGCGCAGCGGCCGUAUCUGGGUCGAUUGUUGGCGAUGGGGGUGAUUCCGCUGAGUAUACAUGACGGGGGGAUGCGCACGGAGAGGUAUGAGGGGUGGAAAGUGACGUGGGAAAGGGGGUGGCCGAGGGUGCAGUGGCCGAUGUAUGUGCAGGCGAGACGUAGGGCGUGUUUUGAGUUUAUGGUGGUGAGGGCGGAGGAGGAUGAGGCGAGGGGGCGAUUUGUGUCGGAUUUGGUGACGAGGGUGGUGGAGGGGGAGGCGGGGAGGGAUGAGAGGUAUGGGGUGACGAUGAGGGAGGCGCCGCCGCAUCCGGGGAUGAUAAGGUAUUCGUGGUAUAAUCGGCCGGCGAAGGAAGAGGUUGCGAUGCAGGUGGGUGCGAGGAGUGCGGUACCGGCGCUGUUGCCGUUUUUGAAGGAUGAGGUGUUGGAGAAGGGGUAUGGGGAGAGGGCGAACAGUUUGAGCGUGUUUGUGCACAAUAACGACCCGGGCACGAUUCCGUUGUUGGAGCUGUCGAGUACCAAGAUUGUGAGAGUGGAGGCGAUGCAUUAUGGAGCUUGCGAGCUGGAUUCUUUCGUCUUUGGAAUGGCGCAAGACGCUGGGUUGGAGGUGAUAUGGCCGGAGCGAAUGUGUCGGGAGGCCGCCCUAGCAGAGAUGAGGGAGUGUGGGCUGCCGACCGAAGGGUUGAAGUCCUUCGCAUCAUCGGUACUCGAGCAGUAUCGUUGA